GUUGUAUGGUUAAUAGCGUGAGACGCGGUUGCUAAACGCGCACGAGUUUUCAUUUUCCCCACAAACACGUCAAGUGAUAUUAUCAAGUGUAUUACUCAAAGAUAUACGAAGACAGAGGCGCAAAAAGCAUAAAAGAAACAAAGAAAUUCAUUUAGACUUUUGGUUUUUGUCCUCAAUUCAUUAAAAUUCUUGGCAUUGUCAAUUAAGUACGUUUUUUGUAAUUGUAAAAUGACCGAUCUAAAGCAUAUUACACUUCAAAUGGAUAAACUGGAUGCUGAUAAAUCGCUAGCAAAAAGUCAAGGUAUUCACAACGAGGCCAUUGAUGACAUCGAUGGACGUGGACUUCGAGUACCUCGAGCAGUUCCUGAAACUGAUGACGAUGAAAAUGACGAUCGUCCCUAUACGAACGGCAUUAAUGUUGGUGUCGACGAUGGUCUUCUAGCCGAUGAUGAGGAGCGAAGUGGCAGUCGGGGUGGAAGUAAUGUUCCUGUUCCGGGAGGUGGUGCAAAAUCUCCCGUGCCGAAUGGUGGCCGUCGUCCAAGUCUUCCAUAUCCCGGCUACAGUGGUAACGGGUUCGUAAACAUCGAUGGCGUAGAUACUCCGGUACCGGAUUUAAAUGCAUACCAGCAUAAGAAGACACUGGCUCAGGGUAUGAUGGACUUGGCGCUGCUCUCGGCGAAUGCGAAUCAAUUGCGUUAUGUGCUGGAGACCAAUUCGCAGCAUCCAUAUUUUUAUCCCAGUUUAUUGUUCAUCUCGGUGAGCAUCAUAUUCCAGAUUGCCGUCGGCGUCGGACUUAUAUGGAAUGGCAGAUACAAUAUUAAGAAAGAGGAAGAUAUCUGUCGUGCGAACAGAAUUAAUAAUUACACAGUCAUUGGCAUUUUCAUUGUAACCGUUGUCAAUGUGUUAAUCUCAGCUUUUGGCGUUGCGGAACGAGCACCCGUUGUUCCUGUACCAACAACUAAUUAA